UCCGCAGCCAAACGAAGUACGGCCGAAAGCCUGAGUGCGCAGGUCACAGAACACCUACCAGUGCCGCGUUCAUUCGCCUGUCUGUACAGUCUGAUAGCUCCUAGAAGUUUUUCUGUGCUUUUGAUACCUAUGCCGUCGUGUUGAACAACAUGAAGGGAGUGCCAGCAGAUUACCUGGAGUUAGAGUGGUCGGAGUCUGAUGGCGAUGAGAUUGUCUUCGGAGAUGACGACUCCGACCGCGACGAAAUACCUAAGUUGGUCGAGCCCCCUGCACCUGUUGCACCUAAGGUCAAGAAACCAGAGGAGGACAACAAAAUCCCAGCCGGGGCACGGAUUUCCCCAGAACUGCAGGAAGAUUUUCGAGUGGCAGUUGCAAGAGGCAACGUUGGGCUAGCUCGGGAACUAAUUUCUCGAGGAUUGGAUGUCAACAUGGAGUGUCAGAAAAAUCGGUCGGCGCUGGUGCAGGCUUGUAAUAACGGCAUUCUUGAUAUGGUGCAAAUGUUGAUUGAUCAUGGAGCAGAUGUGAACAUCUCUAAAGGUAUUACCACACCACUGCUGGCUGUGUGCAGCAGUCGGAGUGAUUCCGAGGCAACCUUGGUUGCAUGUGCCGAGGUGUUGUUGAAGCACGGGGCGGAGCCUGAUUUGGCCGCCCGUGACGGCGCAACACCAAUAAUGUUGGCUGCCCGACAAGGCCGCUGCCAGCUCAUAGAGCUGCUUUUGGAUCGAGGUGCCAAUGCUAAACGCCAGGAUUCUAGAGGAUGGACGGCGGUGAGCUGGGCAGCCGCUGGGGGACAAGGCAGGGCCGCACGUUUACUUCUCAUGAAGGUGCCUUUCGAUCUGGCCUCGCUUGUCACGCUCGAUGGACAAAUGCCCUCAGAUCUUGCCCAUCGCAAGGGAUACAAAACGCUUUCGGUAGUCUUGUCCAAGUUUGAAACGGAGUUUAUGAAACAAGGCCUGGAAGGUGCACGGAGUCUUAAAGAAGAGGGACCGUGGAAUGCCUGCCGGUCUUCAGGGAAUUAUCGGGAAGCCUAUGGUGAUGUGGCCUUGGUCCUAGCUGCCAUUGGAGCAGAAGAACGGCUACCUCUGUUUGUGCAGCACGGUGUGAGCUUUAAAGAGAUGCUGCAGUUGGACGAAGAGGCUCUCUGCAAGAUGGGUAUCGAAUCGGAAGAAGAACGCACAAAGAUUAUUGCGGGUGUGGAAUCCACCAGGCGGUUCCAAAAGAAAGCGGACGUCAACUGUUCCGACGUGGACUAUGAGUUGGAGACGUUCUUGUUGGGCGUAGGCAUGGUGGAGCUUGUAGAGACGCUGCGAGAGCACGGCGUGAGCAACCUAGAGAGGCUGCUCAAGUUGGACGAGGAGGGUCUCGAGAGAGCCGGCGUCACCAAGGUCGGCUUGCGGUCACGCCUGGCAGCUGCGAUACGUCGGACUCAUCAGCUGCCGUGGCACAAGCGUAGCAUACCGGAUCUCCGAAAGUCGGCCACCAUAUCCUGCCCCGAGGCUCUCUCUGUCGUGACAGCUGUCCGUAAGCAUUUGGGCCACAUGGAAGUGUCGUUGAGCCACUUGGAAAAUCACCUGAGCAAGAAACCCAAGGACUUGGAGUUGGGCCGGGACUACUGCAGCGCACGCCACUUGCGCGAAGAGCUCAGGGAAGCCCACGAGGCACUGUGUUUGCUCUCUACGCAGGUGCAAAGGGUAGACCAGCUGGUAGCUAAGUUACAGGACAAAGGAUGCAUCGUGUGGGAACCUCAAUGGCCACCGCUGCCUGUUGAGGUGAAGCGCAGCAAACUCCCAGCGUGGGUGCCUUUAUGCUUCUUUUUCACGGCACUGUGGGCUUGCAAAAUAGCCCUGGGCCGACACAGUCAUUGGCCGCGUCUACCCGGGUUGUUCAUGCAUCGCAAUAUGUAAAGAACUUCGACAUACUUCUAGUCUCACGGAAGUGCUGUAAUACAUCAAUCACCCAUUUUGCCACCGGACCACAGAAACAUCAUCAUUGAAUUAAAUGAUAUUACAUCUCUUAUUUGCGCAUAGACGCUUUCUCCGUUUCGUCAUAUUACUCUCUUCGUCUGUUGAGUUCUGGGAGUCCGAGUGUGUAGAUGCAGGCCUCUCUUGACCCGAGUGCCCUUGCUGGGGUUCGUCCAUGGUGCUCAUAUCGUUAGUUGGAGGUGUGGGUCCGGGGUCAUGUUUGUUCUUUUCAGAGCUGCCCUGUUCGUGAUCAGCAGCUGCCCUAGAAGUGCGUUUUGUUUUGAUGACAUUGUGACGUUCCGCGUGUGGUGUGGGAUUGACAUCGGCCACCACAUCAAGGUGGCUUCUGUUGGCAUCCCAUGGCAUCUCUGUUGAGACAGUAGCAGACCAGCAGUGGCUGCACUGUGGCGCUGAGCGAACCUGCACAGGAUUCACGCACAUGUCAGUUUCAUUCAAGCAGUGAAGCUGCGUUUUCUGCAAUAGACAAAUAAAUCAAGUGGGUGAGUGGAUGGUAUUAUGAGUACCACAGCUACUGCUGGUGCAGUGUCAAAAGUCUUUGUGAUAGCUUUUGAAUUUAAUAAUGUGCAAGUACACACUAUGAUGCACCAGUAAUCUUGGGACAACUGAUUAAAAGCCCUUCCGUGUUUUAAAAUUGUCAUUGAAUUUUGAAAUAUAUGGAAGAAACAAUGAAAUAUUCUUCUAUUGUUCACAAGAUGAAAAAGGAAAAAUGCCUGGCCUGCAUGGAAAGUGUAGCACUGUCACAGUAAAAGCUGGUAAAGUGGCAUUUCUAUAACCUGCUGCAAACUCCCUUGGGGCUGCCUUAUUCAGGUACGCUUGCAAAGUACCCACUACACCAUAAAUUGAUGAAGUGGCUGAUAAUAAAGAAUUAUGG